AUGAGCGAGCCAAACAAUACCCCCCAAAUCAAAGACGACAUAAAACAGGCCUACGACGAUAUCGCGCCGACGUAUCUAACCUGGACUCAAUCAACCCAUGGCGUACGGCUGUCGUAUGUCGAAGCCAUGCUGAAACACCACAGUCAUCCAAAUAAGGAGGCACCACGGAUGAAUAUCCUGGAAUUAGGCUGCGGCGCCGGCGUGCCAGUCACCGAACUUCUAGCCUCCCGAGAAAACACCAGUGUAACCGCAAACGACAUCUCUGCGACACAGAUUGCCAUGGCGAAGGAGCGCCUCCCGGAGUCAGUGAGGCUUAUUCAAGGCGACAUGAUGGAAUUAAAUUUCGAUAAAGAGCACUUCGAUGCUGUGUUGGCUAUGUAUUCCAUUAUCCAUCUUCCAAGAGAUGAGCAGACUGCCAUGCUGCAUCGCAUUUACGGGUGGCUGAAACCUGGAGGACAUUUCCUGGCCAAUUUCGCCGCGGAGGGUUUUGAGGGCUCUUCUAACCAGUCGUGGUUGGGGGGUACGAAGGGCGCGAUGUACUGGAGUGGAUGGGGAAAAGACAAGACGAGAGCAAUCCUCGGUGAUAUUGGGUUUGAAACGGUGAUUGAUGAGGUGGUGACUGAUAUUGAAGAAGAGAAUGGGGUUUCUCGCAACGUCCAAUUUCAUUGGAUCUUAGCUAAGAAGGCAGUCUGA